AUGGUGGAAAUUACUGAAUUAAAAGAUGAUGUUCAACAAGAUAUCAACAACAAAAUUGAUACAAAUGCUUCAUUAACUGAACAAUUUUAUCAAUCUUCUAAAACUCCAUAUCCUUCAUGGGCUUUUAGUUCAUUAUUAUUACCAACUCCAUUAAUAUCAAAACAAAAAAUCCUACAACAAUCAUCAGGUUCAAUAUUAACUAAAACCAAAACAAUUGGUCCUUCAACUAUAAAUUCCUUAGGGUUUGGUGCUAUUUUUGCGCUUGGUGGUUGGAUUAUAAAUGAAGGUGAUGUUGAAAGUGGUUCUGGAUUUUUAACUGCUUGGUCUUCAUUAUACUUGUUAGUUAAUGGUACAAAUUCAAUAAAAGCUUUAGGUCAUGGUAAAAUUUGGCCAUUGUUAUUAACUAGUGUUGCUACUGGGAAUUUAUAUAUUAAUGGUAAAAGAUUCUUUUAUGGUACAACCUAA